AUGGUCAACACACCUAAAACCCAAAGAACUUUCUGUAAGAAGUGUGGCAAGCAUCAGCCUCACAAAGUGGCACAAUAUAAGAAGGGCAAGGAUUCCUUGUAUGCCCAGGGAAAGAGGCACUAUGAUCAGAAGCAGAGUGGCUGUGGUGGGCAGACAAAGCCAAUUUUUUUCCAGAAGAAGGCUAAGACCACAGAGAAGAUUGUGCUAAGGCUGGAAUGUGUUGAGCCUAACUGCAGAUCCAAGAGGAUGCUGGCCAUUAAGAGAUGCAAGCAUUCUGAACUGGGAAGAGGUAAGAAGAGAAAGGGCCAAGUGAUCCAGUUCUAA